AUGUACGCAAUCGCGUUAGCGCUCGUUGUGGUGGGGUACUUCAUCGUGUACCCUGUCGCCUAUUACUUCUAUGACCCAAAGGGCCUGAGGAAAUACCCUAAUUUCUAUCGACUGUCCGGAAUCUCUGACCUGCCUUUGAUCUGGGAAACAUAUGGCGGAUUCCGCUCUCGCAGCCUUCUCGAAGCCCACAAAGAGCAUCCCGUUCUGCGAAUCGGUCCCAACUCGCUGUCAUUCUCACACCCGAACGCAAUAAAGGAUAUCUACGGCCACGGUAGCAACUGCACAAAGGAUCUGUUUUACUCUGUGAACGUAGGUAGUCACUACCACCUUGCGGAUGUCGUCGACAAGAAGGACCACGCCCGGAAGAGAAAGGUGCUAUCGAGCGCUUACGCCGUCAAGAAUCUCGAAGAGUGGGAGUUCAAGGUAGCAGAGGUCAGCUCAAAGCUCAUCAAGGCUUUCGAUAAGCGCUGCACCGAUCCACUCCCACCGAAUCAGAAUCCAAAGAAGGAAGACCUCACUAUCGACUAUCGAAACUGGACCGUUUUGUGGACCGCAGCCGCGAUCGCCAACAUUGGACUGAGUGAAGACCUUGGUUUCCUCGAUGAAGGAUCCGACAAAAUCAAAUCCGAGUGCAAGGAUGGUUCGAUCAAGGAUGUCUCUUUCCGUGACUGCCACACUGCUACACAGACGGCGUCAUACCGGCUCAUCUGGGCUUAUGACUGGUACCCGACCCUUCGCCGAAUCAGCAAGAUCAUUUCAUCCAGCCAUCGGCGCCUGUGGAAGUUGGAUGAAGAUUGGGGUGGUAUCGUCUACAACCGCGCGACCACACGACUGAAGCGAUACGAAAGCGGCGAAAAAUUGGACGACUUCUUCACGGCUAUCAUGGCAGACAAGAAUGGUAGUCCUCACAAUCUGGAAUUCGGCGAGAUCGUUGCUGAGAUUAGCAUCAUGAUGAAUGCUGGGCACGAUACAACCGCCAUUGCGCUUCGGAAUACAAUGUUCUUCCUCUUGAAGAACCCAAAAUGUCUCGCAAAGCUCCGCGAAGAACUCGAUGAUGUCUUGGAGGAAGAUGAGGUGGUCGCACCGUAUGGAAAGGUCAAGCAUCUGCCAUAUCUCCGAGCAUGCAUUGAUGAAAGUCUUCGAAUGAUGCCUCCCAUCGUCUUUGGUCUGCCUCGUCGGACGCCGGUCGAAGGAACGACCAUUCUCGAUAACUACGUGGCGGGAAACACAUCAGUCAGCAUUUCCUCCUACGUAAUGCACCAUCAGGAGUCUGUGUUCAAAGACAAUGCCACUUACAAGCCAGAGAGAUGGCUGGGAGAAGAAGGCAAAGCCCUUCAACCAUACUUCAUUCCAUUCAGCACCGGCGCCCGAGGUUGCAUUGGGCGUAAUAUCAGCUACCUUGAACAAACAGUUCUUGUAGCUUCAUUGAUUCACAGAUUUGAGUUCGCUUUGCCACACCCUGAUUGGAAUCCCGUGGUUAAGGAAAUGUCCAAUUUCAACCCAGGUCCCAUGCCAUUGAAACUGUGGAGGCGGGCUCCAAAUGUUGUUAGUUAG